GGGGGUAUGAGCAUCGAAUGGGGGUUUUGGAAAGCAGCCUAGUGUGGGUCUUUUUCGGAAUUGCGCGGUGUAGAAGACACAUCUGGCAGCUCACCUCUAGCUUGGACACCUAACAACAGGCACCAUACUUGAUCCUCACUUACUGUCGAGAUGUACAGUUUCAUGGGAGGAGGCCUCUUCUGUGCCUGCGUGGGCAACAUAUUGUUGGUCGUGUCAACCGCAACCGACUACUGGAUGCAGUAUCGAUUGUCGGGGGCCUUUGCUCACCAGGGCCUUUGGAGAUACUGCGUGACCGGAAAAUGCUACAUGCAGACCGAAAGCAUUGCUUACUGGAACGCCACGCGGGCCUUCAUGAUCCUGUCCACCUUAUCCUGCUUUGCUGGCAUCAUCGCUGGAAUCCUCUCUUUUGCCCACUUUUCCACUUUCCAACGAUUUAACAGAUCCUUCGCAGCUGGGAUAAUGUUCUUUAUUUCAACCCUGUUUAUUCUGCUAGCCAUGGCUAUCUACACUGGAGUAACGGUUAAUUUCCUGGGAAAGCGCUUUGGCGACUGGCGAUUCUCCUGGUCCUACAUCUUGGGUUGGGUGGCUUUGCUUAUGACCUUCUUUGCAGGGAUUUUUUACAUGUGCGCUUACAGAAUGCACGAGUGCCGGCGAGUGUCUGGACCGCGUUAAUUCACCAAGAUCAUGGACAAAGACAAAAAAAAAACACCAAAAAAUGUCUCAAUCAAGAAAAAAAGAACAGGAAAGUGGCAGCUCGUAUCGACCCUUCAUUAUACUUUUUAGUUUGGCCCUUCGGCAGUAAGGUGACCCUUAAUCAUGAACAUUGGAUGAAAAGUUUGAACAACCAAGCAACUGAUUGAAAUCGAUUCCUAUAAACCGCUUCACUUUUAUUAA